AAAAGCCCUAAAUCUCUACAAUUCUUCCAAUUCUUCUCUCUCUUUCUGUUGCAAAGCUCUCUUUUUUAACUUCAUAAUCUCUCCCGCCAUUUCUCCUGACUAUCGGAAAAUCCCGACCGUUGAUCUCCCGCCGGCUUGUCACUCUGUUUUGCACUUUAUCUUCACUGUGAAGGUGAAUGGAUAGUAGUGACCCUGACAUUUUAACUCAAGGACAGACUUUGGACAUCCAAAAUGACCUUCAAGAAUCAUACCAGGUGGAUGUUGAUGUGGGUCAAGAGUGUCAAAGCUUGGAAGCUUGCUCUGUGGAAAAGAGUCAGGAAGUUACUGAAAGUGAGAGUGAUAGUCAAAGCCCAAAUGCUUCUUCUGUGGACAAGAGUGAGGUGGAAAUUAAUGGGGAUGAAUGCCAGACUGCACAAGUUCCUGCAGUGAACAAGUGUGAGAUUGAUGUUGACGGUGAGCAGGAUUCUCAGAGUCCAAAUGCUCUAUCUGUUGAUGUGUUAGAAGCCAGAGUUUCUGUAAAAGAUGAAGAUGAUAUAUUUGUGGUUCCAGCAGUUGGAAUGGAGUUUGAAUCAGAAGAGCAUGCAUACAAGUGUUAUAGUAGAUAUGCUGUGUUGGAGGGCUUUAGUAUUAGGAAAGAUUUUGUGAAUAAAAGUCGAGUAAAUGGAGCCAUUGUAUCCAGAAGGUACACUUGUUACAGACAAGGUUAUAGGCCUAGCAGGCAUAAUGUGAAUGUAAGGAAGCCCCGGCAAGAGAUGAGAACUGGUUGCUUGGCUCAUAUGACUAUUGCACGGCAACCUAAUGGAAAGUUUCGUGUAAGUCAUUUCGAAACAAAACACAACCAUGAGUUUGUAAACCCAUCAACAGCUCAUCUAUUACCAUCACAGAAGAGAUUAACCUUUGCUCAAGCAGUUGAAUCUGACAUAGCUAGUAGUUCUGGGAUGGAUGGGGUACCAAAGCUUGGAAUGGGGUUCGAAUCAGAAGAUCACGCAUAUGAAUUUUACAAUACAUAUGCAGGACGAGUUGGUUUCAGUGUUCGAAAAGAUUAUGUGAAUAGGAGUAAGAUAGAUGGUGCUGUGGCAUCCAGGCGGUUUACUUGUUUUAGAGAAGGUUUUCGGCAGAAGGAUAAAAGGGAUUUGAAUGUAAAGAGACCUCGAAAAGAAACAAGAAUUGGUUGUUUGGCACAACUGGUCAUUUCUCGUCAACCUGAUGGUAAAUACCGUGUCACUCAUUUUGAGGGAAAACACAAUCAUGAGCUUGUUGCAGCGUGUCGGGUUUGGAUGUUACGAUCACAAAAGCGGUUGGCUGUAGCCCAAAUUGUUGAAGGCAAUGCAUUGGAGAGCUAUAAGGUACAAGCUAAAUCAGCAUAUGAAGUAUCGUGUAACUCAAUCAGAGAUUGCGUUGAUCAUGGAUAUGAUCCAAGUGAUCACAGAAGUAAAUUAUCUUCCAAACGUACUAGAGAUAUGAGAGAAGGAGAAGCGGAGAGGAUACAGCAAUAUUUUCAAAGUAGGAAAGUUAAAAAUCCAUCUUUUUUCUAUGCCAUACAACUUGAUGCUGAAAAUCAAAUAGCUAAUAUAUUUUGGGCUGAUGCAAAGAUGAUCAUGGACUAUAGUGACUUUGGUGAUGUACUUUGCUUUGAUACAACCUACAUGCUAAACAAAGACUGUCGUCUGUUUUCACCCUUCCUUGGGGUGAACCAUCAUAAGCAAAUGGUCAUCUUUGGUGCUGCACUUUUAUAUGAUGAUACUGUUGAUUCUUUCAAAUGGCUGUUCCAGAAGUUUUUAGAGGCAAUGUCUGGCAAGAAUCCAAAGACAAUUCUCACUGAUCAAGAUGCUGUUGUGUCUGAAGCAGUUAAUUCUAUAUUUCCAGAAAUACAUCAGCGAAUGUCUGUUUGGCAUGUUUACCAAAGUGCACUCAAACAACUCAGUCACAAAUUUGUAGGACAAUCUUUUGUGAAUGACUUAAGCAGCUGCUUUUUCAAUCACGAGGAGGAAGAAGACUUCAUUGCUGCAUGGAACAUUAUGCUGGAUGUACAUGAUCUUUGGGAGAUUGAGUGGUUGAACAAGAUUUUUGAAACCAGAGAGCAAUGGGCCAUAGCAUACAAAAGGCACAUCUUUUGUGCUGACAUAAACUCCGUGCUACUGCACGAAAGUUUUAUAGUUAAUCUAAAGAAAUACUUAAAGCCUGAGUCUGAUGUGCUUUCACUUCUCAAGCAUCUUGGGAAAGUGGUGAAUGAUUGGCACUACAAAGAGUUGGAAGCUAAUUAUGAUAUGAACCAAAAUAUGCCAAGACUAAUGGGGGAUGUGAUUCUCUUGAAGCAUGCAAGAGAUGCCUACACACCAAGGAUAUUUGAAUUGUUUCAACAAGAAUACGAAGUGUGUCUGAAUUAUGUUGUUAAUCAAUGCAUCAAGAGUGAAACAGCAUUUGAGUAUAAAGUAAGCACAUAUGGACAGCCAAGAGAGUAUGCAGUAAGUUAUAACUUGGCUGAUAAUACAGUUUUCUGCAGUUGUAUGAAAUAUGAGUUCAUGGGAGUGUUAUGUAGUCAUGCAUUAAAAGUGCUAGAUUACAGGAAUAUCAGGUUGCUUCCAAGCCAAUACAUCUUAAAGAGGUGGACAAGAGAUGCAAGAGUGUAAUCUUGGAUGUUCUUUUUUGCUUGUGCUACAUGGGAGGACUAUAAAUAGCGGUUGGAAAAAGUUUCAGUUCUCUCUGGCUUCUGUAUCUGUUGAUGAUGAGCAAUUUCAAUUUUCUUUGUAAAAUUUUUCAUGCAAUGAAAGAGCUGUAUGUUGACGAAUUUUGCGUUUAUACUUUUAAAAUCCUU